AUGGUUUUAACAGAAUUAGGACAAUAGAUAAAGGAAAUUCUUAAAAGGUUAUCAAAUAAUAAAUAAGAAAUUAAUAAAGCUUUUGUAGAUUAGAUUUUAGAUGAUAUUUCUAUGAUAUUGCUAAAGGCUGACGUUAAUGCUAAAAUUGUAUUAAAAAUGAGAGAAAAUAUCAAAUAUGAAUUUAAAUUACAUGGAACAGAAUUAAUUAAUCUUCAAUAAUUCAUCUUAAAAUGUAUUAUUGAGCAAUUGACUGAAAUUUUCUAAAAUGAUAUUGAACCAUAUUAACCGAAGAAAGGUAAAAGUUUAUAUGUAAUAAAAGGAAAAACUAAUGUCAUAAUGUUCAUAGGUUUAUAAGGAUCUGGAAAAACUACUACUUGCUUUAAAUAUGGUUAUUAUUAUUAAAAAAGAGGUUGGAAAGUAGGAAUUGUUUGUGCAGAUACAUUAUCUUUAGAUUAAACAAAAUAAAAUGCUAUGAAGCUAAGAAUUCCAUUCUAUGGGUAAUUUUGGUGUAUAUAGUAUACAUAAGUUCAUAUACCUAAUCAGAUCCAAUCUAGGUUACCUAUGAAGGAAUAAUAAAGUUCAAGAAAGAACGAGUAGAAUUAAUUCUAGUAGAUACACCUGGAAAAUAUAAAGAAGAAUUGGUUUUAUUUGAAGAAAUUAAAUAAGUUUAGAAUAUUAUAUAACUAAAUAAUAUUAUUUUUAUUUCUAUAAUUUAUGAUAAAAUAUAAAAUAAUGCAUAUUUAAUUUGA